CCUCCUUCAUUUUGUCGUCGGUGUUUGUACGGUGAACAUUGGUGUACGCAGUACGUAACACGUGCUAUAAAUUAAUUACAACCUUUCCUUUUCAAAUUUAUAUUAAAAAAUAAUAAUGGCAGACGCAGCCGUGGAAAAGAAUGAUGUCGCACCUGAGGAAGUAACAUCCACUGAGGUCAAAGAAUCGCCAGUCAAGAAAUCCCCAUUGAAAAAGGUUGCAGAAGCACCAGAGAGCAAUGGUAAAGAAGAAAAUGGCAGUGGAGAUGCUCCAGAAGACGCCCCAGCAGAAAAUGGUGAUGCGGACGAGAGCAAUGAUGCCACAGAGAAUGGUGACUCCACAGAAAAGACUGGUGUGAAGAGGAAAUCAGUAGCAGCAGAUAAUGGUGAUGCAACUGAGAAGACCACACCUGAAAAGAAGGCGAAAGUAGUGGAGGAAGCGCCACCGGCAGAAGUGGAAGAGGCUGCAGCCUAAAACUUUGGUUCUCUUAAUAAGCUUGGUUUACUGCAAUGCACCAAUGUUCAUUAGGGCUCAACUCCCCCCAACUAUACAUAUCCUUAUUAUAGGUGCCGUUCACACAAAGCCAAAAACCAUAGAUUUAUAUUUAUACAUACAUUUAUAUGAUAUGAUCUGAUUAUAAUACGAGUUGAGCCCUUUUGUGACCACAAUUAAGUUUAGGUUUAUAAUACAUUGUGUAUUAAACAUACCUGUGAAGUACCUGUAAAUUGUAAAUUUAAUGUAACUGUCAGGCUGUCAGUUGUGACUGGAUAUUGCAUCGCAGUGAACUGACCAACAGUCGGUUUAGGUGUUGUAUGCUGUUUUUUGCGUAUUGGUGUCUAUUUCAACAGACUCGUAGAGAUGGGUUAUUGAAUUGAUGGAAGAUUACAAUAAGUAUUGGUUUUGGAUAAAAUAUAUUUGCCAGUAAUAACCUACUGCCAAAGUAUUCACCCAGUGUGAAAUCAAUUCACAAUCCGUUCUGUGAACGACGCGAUUUAUAUAAACAGCUUCUGAAAAACAAGGAUUAUAGAUAAACUAAGAUUAAUUAAAAUGAUUAGAUAAAUAAUUCAGUUGUAAAUUUAAGUUAGCAGUUAAAUGUCGCACAUUCAAAUAUUACAUAGGCAUUAUUACUUAACCAUUUAAACAUUCCUUUGACAUUUGGUUAUGGCUCACGUUGUGAACAAUAAAAGGCGACUUUGUGAGUCGAGUGGAGUUUAUCUUUACCUUAUACAACGAGAGUACCUUAAUUUACAUUGAAAAUUCCGUUCUAUUCACAGAGAGCCAUUUAUUCGAUUUGUUUUAUGUAUCUGUUCACAUUGUGACACUAAUUUUAAGAUUGAAAUUUAAUUGAAGUUCAAAGUUGACAAGGUGAUAUUCAUAUUGACAUAAAUAAUAACUUCAGCGUGCUAUUUUUGUAUUUGUAUGGAUAUCUUUAUUUUUCUUGCAUCCUGUUUUUCUAAUUUAUUUUCAUUUCUAUUUGUAUGUGAUAGUUAACAAACCUCGAAUGUAAGAUAACAAACUUGUGGUUUAUAUAUUUUCUUUACUUUCAUAUAUUUUAACAUGUGUUCUGUCGCUAGGGAUUAUUUCUAAUAUUAAGAUUUUUGACUAACUUUUUCAGAAUUGUAAAACCUGAUGAUUUAAACUUAAAAUUUUGAUUCAGAAGUACAUUUUAGUAUUAGAUUAUAGUAGCGUGUACAGUUUUAACACUUUACUUCUCUCACUUGUGGAGUUAGUGUUUGUAAAACAUUUCUGGCAAUAAAAUAGUCCAAUCUA